AAUUUUUUCAUCAAAACUUAUUAUCCAUUUUUAUUAGCCUUGAUAUAUUUUUUCACUAAAUUAAUCUUAUUAAGGUAAUAUCAAUGAAAAUCUUAGUAUGGCUUGGAAUUUGUAUCAGCUUUGGAAAAGGAGUGGUAGAUAAUGAGGAUGUCUGUUCCCUGCAAUCAUGCUCAGAUCCAUACCCUCCUAAUGGAUCAUUUGUUGACAAUUGCAAUUCACAUCCUAUGCUGAGACUUCAGGGACAUUGCUGUGAGAACUUCUCAUCUGGACAUGUUGUCGGUAUUGAUCUGUCUUUCUGCAAGCUUCGUAACAUCAAAACAUUGUUUCAUCAAUAUACUGAAGUUACAAAAAUUAAUCUUACAAACAACCCAGAUUUGAAGUUUCAAAAUACAAGUUUUCUCGGGCUGAAGAAACUUUGUCAAAUAUCAGUAGAUAAAAAUGUGGAAUGCAAUAGUCAAUGGAAUUGGUUCAACAGUUCAUGGCAAGCUUGGAACAAUACUGAAGAUGAUAAGCAUGACAGAAAAUGCAUCAAUCAAACUAAUACCUGCAACUUAUUGAAGCAGUAUCAUAAUUAUACAUGUCCAGACAAUUCAAAUUGUAUUAACAAUGGACCAGGACAAUUUUUAUGUGAUUGCAAGCAUGGUUGGGGAGGUUACAAGUGUUUAAGAAAAACUGAUUCAGACUUGAAGCUUCCUAUUUUAGCUGGAACAGCUGCUGCAACUGUACUUUUAUCCUCCAUUUUGUGGUACACACAAAGAAGGCAUGUGAUAUAGUCAACUUGAGACGGUCUGAAUUUUUAUCCCGCAACAACUCAAGGCUGCAAAAUGAGCAGAAAUAUGCUAACACUGUGUAUCUCAUGGGCAACAGUUAAUUCUGAACUGAUAAUUUGUAUGUCAACUUUAUAGAGUGUCAUACUCAAAUUAAUAACUGUGCAAUAUAUUUAUGGUUUGAUUUUUAUCAUUAUUGUGAGCUUCGAUUUUUAUCGUUAUUGUGAGCUUUUUAUAUAAAAAUGUGGUUUUAUUGUA